UGUGCAAGAAGCAUUCAAAUUUAUCUGAAUUUGAUAGACCAAUUUAGUCGUAGAGUAUAACAUCAAAUCAAUUACUGAUAGAGAAAUAUACUAUACCAUAGACCUUAUACUGAGUAUAAGGUCUAUGUACUAUACACAUAUUAAAUUAAAGUAUUCACCCGUACUGUUAAUGCGUUGCGGCAGAUUGUAAACAUUUGGUAUUCAGGACAUUCAGGUUGGUAUUUACUAACCUCAUUUCUACAGUUACCRUUUUACCAACAAUUUGCCGGCGUUGAGGGUUUUAAACUUCUAGUUUCUACCAUGGAUGGUUUGUCUAGCCAUGAGUUUUACGAAUUCACGAUAUUAUAGUUUAAUACAAAAUUGCAAGACUUUUAUAUUACACUAUAUUGUAUCGUCACCGCUCCAUUGCUCCAUAUUUGAAUGGCUAUAGGUUUUAACUUUCUAAGCGUUUAUCGUCUAAAAGAACGUAAUAUAUUUACACUUGCCGAGACUCGGUUUGCAUUCCAGACAGCACACCGAGAUGAUGGACUCUUCGGCGAGCAGCAGUCCGAAUUCUAGCAACCGUCAUCAUCCGUACGGCCGAAGCACGGGACCUCAACCGACGCCUGCUAACAAGCCUAAUGAUGAAUCCAAAGCAAUUAUURAUGAGGACAAGAAGCUUUUGGUUGGAAGUGUUAAACAAGUGGCCCAUUGGUGCCGAUUGUUAUCGUUUUUGGAACCGACCAAAAUUAUUUACCAAGUAUUCGGAAUUAUGGAUUCUGUGAAAACUGGCAGUAAUAAAUGCGAAAAAAUAUUUUGUUUGCGUGAUGAACAGAAAAAGUUUGGAAUAGUAUGCGUAUUUUAUGAAAUAGAUAGAAAAAUGCCUUGUAUAUCAAGAGGAACAUUAGUAUUGUGUACUGGUCAUGUAAAAGGAAAAAAUAAAUUGCAAGUAUUCACUAUUCGAGAAAUACAUGAAGACAAAAAUUCUUUCGACAGAAUAUCUUUGGUCAGCCAUUGGACAAUUAAUGAUAUUUUAAUAUAUAAGGUUUAGUAUAGUUAUUAAUAGUUUCAAAAGUAAAUUUAUUUUUUAU